UUGGGACCAUGGCUAUUGACUGGAUUGGCUUUGCAUACGCUUCGUUGCUGGCUGUUGGAGGUAUUGUAGCAUACACUAGGAAAGGUAGUAAAAUCUCCUUAGCUGCUGGUCUGACCUUUGGCUCUGUGGCUGGUUAUGGAGCUUACUGUGUGACAUGUGAUCCCAGAAAUGUGAAGAUAUCAUUGUUUUCAUCUUUUCUUUUGACCAUUAUAAUGGGAAUGAGGUUCAAGAGGUCCAAGAAGUUAAUGCCAGCUGGACUAGUAGCAUGCCUGAGCCUUUUGAUGAUUUUGAGGCUUGUUUUUAUGCUGCUGUAG